AUGUCUACGAGGAAAGUCCGAGUCAAGAAGUUGAGCGUCAAGACGCUGCUUCCGGUGCUCAGAGAGGAUGAUAUCGAUCCCAGCGAGUACGAAUCCUUAACCACCGAAUCUCAAAUCGCGACCGGUGUCGAAGCCGCCGAGGAAACUGAAUACCAUCUUCAGUCCAUUCUCAAGGAAGCAGGCACCAGCAAUGACCAAGAAAUUCCAGUCCCGCCUCCUCAGGAGAGCCAGAUCAACUAUGAUCAACUCUACCCUAGUCACUUCCAGCAACCUACCUCGUACAUCCGCUUCUCACAGACCGUUGAAGAAUGCAUAGGAGUUUCCUAUGACAUGACAACCGAGGACGAUGAGUUCUUGAAGCAGUACAAUUCUACUAAGAAGACCGUCGCCUCUCAGCUGUCCGAAGAUGACUUUGAGCGCAUCAUGGAGGUCUUUGAGGAGAUGGCCUCAGAACAGACGCCAUUCGCCUCAAUAGACAACACUGUUGUCAGCUAUGAGACAAUGCUUCCUCAAAUCAGCCAGCUCGGCACUCAGAAGCUGAUGGCGCAUUCCAAGCACGUGUAUGAGCACUGGAAGUCGCGAAGGCAGGCCACCGGCAACAAGCCCCUGCACCCGUCCGUCAAGUUCGAGACGCACCAAGAAAGCGACGAGGCCGACCCUUAUGUCUGCUUCAGACGUCGUGAGGCCAGACAAACGCGAAAGACGAGGCAGAGGGAUGUGCAGAGUGCCGAGAAACUCAAGCGACUUCGCAAAGAGCUCGAGGAUGGACGUCAACUCAUCAUCCACUCAUAUGAGCGUGAGAUGCUGAAACGUGAGGUCCUUAACUUGGAUCGAAUAAUUUUCGAGCAACGAGCCAGGCUUAAGGAGAUGAAGGUCAAGCUCGGCAUCAAAACCGAGGACGACGAUCUCAUCAACCAAAAGCCUCAGAAGAAGAAGCCAGUGGAAGCUCCUGCGUUGCAGAGACCCCCAGGCAACCAUCUGCGCAUCGCUGUGCGGCCGGACGGUCGUUCCAUGGAAGCAGACCUUGUGCAACUUUCAGACAAGCUCGCAGAGAAGGAGAACGAGCUGCGGGCGGAUGUUGAGAGCAAGGUUCACAACCACAGGAAGUGGAACCAGAACCAUGUGGAUCUCACCCGAGAUCCUUUAUCUCCGGUCAAGGAACAGGGCAUGGAAAUCAACUUCCGGCCCGCCAAGACCCAAUAUUUGAUGACACCUCCAGCGUCCACCUCAUCCGAGUCAGACGCCAUGGAUAUCGAUGAUGAAGAGCCUAUAGUUGAAAGGGGCAAUAUGUCGAUAUUCCAAUUCACUGCUGGCGGCAAGGAGAAGCCUCCAAACAGCCAACCAGCAUUCCGCCGUCGCAUAGGACGGUUGAACCGGUUGUGGAUAGACCGCCGGGGACUGACAACGCCUCCGCGGAUGGAUGGCGAGGAUUAUUCGGAUCGGUGGAAGUAUGACCAGGAUGACGAGGAAGAGACGCCGGUGUACGAAGUCGACCCCUACGACACAAGGGCGUUGAAGUUCCGCGCGACCAUCCCGUUAUCGCAAUAUGUGUAUCCGAGGCGGCAAAUACCACAAGAGGGUAUGCCUAACGUAGUGCCUACGCAAGUUGCUGGGGUCUCUGGCAGCCGACCGGCACUACCUCCACCGCCGCAGCCACAGCCGCAACACGCGCAGCAGUCGCAACCGCAGCAGCAACAGCAGCAGCAACCACCGGCGGCUCAAGCUCAAGCAGCGGCCUCAUGA